CCGAAACCUAAAUCAGUACAAUGGCAGCAGCGCUAGGCAAGUGGCAGUGUUGUCCUGAGCUCACGACUGGAUUCGAGGAGUUUAUGGACGCGAUCGGGGCGUCGGAGGAAGAGCGCCAGGCAUCCCAGGGAUCCCCGUUCACAAUGGAGAUGUCACGUGACGGUGACACUUGGGAGGUAGAGAUGUAUUACCCAAACAACGCAGCUUUGUCCCGGAAGUACUCCUUUACAUCCGGUGUGGAGUUCAACUAUCCCGGACGUUCCCCUGGCCACGCAGUGACGGGCGUGGUCACAGUGGCCGGCGACGCGCUUACCAGCAAGAUGAAGUUUCAGAUCGAUGGCGACGUGAAGCGAGAGUGGGAGACCGAGACAAGGAGAGCUGGAGACUAUCUGGAAUACGUGAGUAUUUAAUAAAG